UUAGCGCAGAGAGAACGUGGUAGUUAGCAAUGUGCUGCUAGCGUGGAGGUAGCUAGCUAUAAAGAACAACGCUCUUAUUGCAAGAAGAAAUGUAAAAAGAACGUACGCCUGCAAAACAUGGAAUAUUAUUUUUGUUUCAUAGACUAUUUUUAGUUGGCUACUGUAAUUCUGCGACGCCACGUGACUUAGAUGUAACCAGUAUUGCGAAGAGAGCGUGUCUAGCAGCGCUGGCUAAAGCGUUAAAUGUAGCUAAAUUAGAUAUAGUUUGGUUUUGGCCAGUUCUAAUCUGCAUUUAACAUAUUUGGACGUCUGUGGAACCUUUAAGUCUACCAGUCUUUCUACAAUGAGUUCCGGUUGUGAACAAGAGGGAUAUCCAUUUAAUAUGGGUGACGAGUUGUUUGCGGAUACGUUUUCUGAAGAGGUCAUUUACAGAUUCAGCGGCGAAGAGUUAAAGAUCAGGCAGGUUUUCAGCGCUAAUCUCGGCGUGGCUGCGCAAGUAUGGGACGCUGCACUUUGCCUGUGUCGUUACUUCGACCACCUCGACCUUAAAGGAAAGCGAGUAGUUGAGUUGGGGGCUGGCACUGGCAUUGCUGGCAUUUUGGCCGCACGAUUAGGAGCUGAAGUGACCUUGACUGACCUGCCCCAUGCAGUUCCUCAGCUGCAGAAAAAUGUCUCUGCAAACAUGCCCCGGUCAGGGUGGCCCUUCGCCACACCCACGGUCCUCCCCCUCUCCUGGGGCCUGGAUCAGGAACAGUUCGCCUCAGACUGGGAUUUGGUCCUGGGUGCUGACAUUGUCUACUUGUCAGACACAUACCCUCUCCUGAUGGACACCCUUACAUAUCUGUGCCAGGAGGGGGCAGUGGUGUACCUGUCAUCCAUGAUGCGCAGGGAGCAUGGGACACCAGUUUUCUACGACAAAAUCCUGCCCCGGCAAUUCGACACUCAGCUUUUGUGUAGUGAUCCUGCCAAAAAUAUACGCCUCUACCAUGCUACUCUGAGAAAGGAACUGCGCAAAAAGAGAGACAUUUGAGCUCACUGACACUAGUGUGACGCAUUGGGAUAAAGUGUGUGAGCACGUAAUGACUGGAGCACAGGAGGAAGGAAGAAGUAAAUGGUUUUUAAUGAGACCUGAUGAGUAUUGUGUAGGCUGUGACGGUGUGAAGCUUUCUAAAGCCUUUAUCAGGAAGACUUUAAUCAUUAUCAGGCCUGACAUAAUUGAGCAGUUUCCCUGAAUGCUUUGUAUUUCACUGAUAAAAGUGAAAACCUUUAUGAUCAGAACUUUGGUAUUUAAAAAAAUAUAUUUUGUGCAGGAUGUCACAUGAAUUUAAUUUACAUGGUUUUUAUUAAAAAAUGUAUAUAUACAAAUAUAUAUAUAUUAAGUGUUUUAUCAUUUUAAAUGUAACAUGAAUGAAUUAACAAAAAAGGAAGUGAUUAAACCAUAUUACUGCCGUUUCCAAUCA